AUGUCUGGACGUUCGCACGGUGAUCUGCCCAUUCGAGGCGGCCGUGGAGGUGGUGACCGUGGCGGUUUCCGUGGCCGCGGCGAUGGUGGCUCCGGUAGCCGUGGCAGUGGCCGCGGUUACAGUGGUGAUCGUGGGCGUGGAAGUGACCGUGGCGGCAGCCGUGGAGGUCAUCACGAACCCGAACUGCCCUCCGGCACUCGAGUGCAGGCCUUGGAGGACCGGUAUGUUACAGAGUCCGCAAAGGCUCGACCAGAGUCCGGCACUUUGGCUCGGCGUCCUGGCUACGGCACCCAAGGUCGUUCCACUACCCUGCGAGCAAACUUCUUCUCUAUGGAGUUCAAGCCGCACAUCAAGUUUUAUUCCUAUCGCCUGAAGAUCAAGCCCGAGGCCAAGAAAGCGCAGCAAAUUUUCAUUCUUCAGAGCAUGCUCCGCAAAUACCCUCUCUUCAACAAAGGAAUCGGCGUUGCCACUGAUGGGGCCACUGAGAUUGUUACAACCGAGCGACUUCCUGAGGAUCUAGCGCCAUUCGUUUGUUCCAUGGGCAACAAAAGUGGCCAUGGAAGUGGCCAUGGAAGUGGGAAUUCGGCACCCUACACCGGCCCUUGGAACGUCACGUUGACCUUUGAAAGCUCUUAUUCCCCAGCUGACAUGAUGGCAUGUCUUGAGGACGUCAAUCACCGAAGGGAACUUGAUAAUGAAGCACCCUGUCUCCGAGUACUGAAUAUCCUCAUGAGUGCUUAUCCCUACAAAGGUACCGGUAUUGCCAUCAUUGGCAAGGGACGAAACAAAUUCUUCCGGAUGGAUAAGCGAAAGCAGUCAGAGGACAUAACGGGUGGCGCCGAAGCCAUUCGGGGUUACUACUCAAGUGUGCGUCUCGGUGCUGGACGAAUUUUCCUCAAUCUGAAUGUUAGUCAUGGUGCAUUCUUCAAACCAGGCCCAUUGUUGUAUAUUAUCGAGAAAUUCGUCGACAUGCACGGUAUGAACCGAGAACUUCUAGAUCGGUGGUUGAAGGGUUUGAAAGUUCACGUCAUGCAUCUGGAUGCUCGAGAGAACGGACAUGGGGUGAUGGAAAAACCCGUGAAAACAAUCUGCGGAGUUGCCCAUCCUAGGGAUGGACGCAAUAGCCCCAAACCCCCACGGGUUGCUAACCUUGCAAGCUCUGCCGACAACGUGCAGUUUUGGAUGGGGGAUGAUCAGAACGGAAAAUAUGUGACUGUUGCCGAUUACUUUUUGAGAACUUACAAUAAGAAACUCGAGCACCACGAUGAUAAACCGGUCGUGAACGUUGGAAACCAUGAUCGUCCAGUUUACAUUCCUGCGGAACUUUGCGAAGUCAUCCCCGGGCAACCCUUCAAGCCAGAGCUAAACAUGUUCCAACGACAGAAAAUGAUCAAGUUCAGUUGCCGGAGACCUCCUCAGAACUAUGCCUCCAUUAUGACCGAAGGUUUGGACAUCCUGGGGAUCUCUGAAGGACAUACCAAGGUGGUAGGCAUCAAGCCCGGCAAGGAGAUGAUCACUGUACCUGCACGCAUUCUGAACCCUCCGAAUCUGCUUUAUGGUGGCAAGAAGACCACUAACCCUCGAAAUGGUGCGUGGAAUCUGGUGGGAACCAAGUUCUCCCAGUGCGCCAGCAUCAAAAAAUGGACCUGUCUUUGGAUUCGGAAGCAGGGUGCUCGUGAGAAGCUCACAGAUCCAGAGACUGCGAUCGACAUGUUUUACAGAAGAAUGCGCGAUCAUGGCCUGUCGCUGCCACCGCCCACUAAGCCGUAUAUGCAAAUCCUUCUCAAUAACGAUGAUAGAGAAAAUCGAAAGAAUAUCCGGGAGGCGUUCAAAAAGAUCAUGAAAGAGUUUCCCUUCUUGGCUGUUUUGCUUCCCAGCCCAGAAGGCAAAAUCUUUGAUUACGUCAAGUAUGCCGGAGAUCUUAAAACUGGCAUCCUUACCCACUGCAUGCUAAGCGAGAGAGUCGCAAAUCUCGAAGAUCAAUAUUUCAGCAACAACGCCAUGAAGGUCAAUCUUAAGAUGGGAGGAUGGAAUCAACUCCUGUCGCCGGCUAACGCACGCUUCCUUGGCACAGGAAAGAACACCAUGAUCGUUGGCUUGGAUGUCACUCAUCCGUCCAGCACAGACCCCGAAGUCUUCCCCAGUGUUGCUGCCAUCGUUGCCUCCACUGAUUAUCGUAUGGGACAAUGGCCCGGUGAGGUUCGAGCCCAGACGCGCCGCCAAGAGCACGUUGAAUUCCUCAAAGAUAUGAUGCUUGCCCGGCUGGCCUUGUGGAAAAAGAACAACAAUGGCAACUUGCCCCAGAAUAUUCUCGUGUACCGUGAUGGUGUUAGUGACGGUCAAUUCAACAUGGUCCUUACAGAGGAGCUUCCAAAGAUUCAAGCUGCUGCCAAAGCGGUAUACCGUGAAGCCCUGCCCAACAUCACCAUCGUUGUCUGUGGAAAGCGCCACAAUGUGCGCUUCUACCCUGCCAAUUCGAGGGACCAGGAUCGAACAUCUAACCCACUCAACGGAUGUGUUGUUGACCGUGGAGUCACCCGCCCUAUCUACUGGGACUUCUAUCUGCAAGCCCAGGCUCCUCUCCAGGGUACGGCUCGUCCAGCCCACUACAUUGUCAUUCACGAUGAGAUUUUCACCAACCCGAAGGCCAAUCCGGACCGCAAGCCCGCUGAUGUGCUGCAAGAACUUACCCACAACAUCUGCUACCUGAUGGGCCGGGCCACUCGCUCGAUCAGUUACUGCACUCCUGCCUUCUUGGCCGAUAGAUUCUGUGACCGUGGCCGAAAGUACUUGUUGGCUUUCUACCAUGAGAACAACCAGAUGGUCGACAGCCAGGAUAGAUUCAGAGGUUCUACCUUGAAUGUGGCCAGUGUAUGCCAGAACAGCAUGGUCUACAUCUAA